UGGCGACUGCGAUGAGCUGUGGAGUUUCUUCUGUGUUUCUUCUGUUUUAUGUUUUUACUUCGUGUCUCGGUUUGUUCAGCGGAGGAGAAACAUUCAAACGACAGGUGUCGGUAGAGCUGAACCCUGGCUUGACCGUGACACCUCCUGGUGGUGACCUGCUGCAUGUGAGAGCUGUGGGAGACAAUGAUACGCUGCACUUCCUGUUCUGCAGUCAGGGGGCGCCGACGCUGCUGCUCGUCCACACCAACUCUUCUUCUUCUACUGUGAAGGUGGACUGGCCUCUGUUUUUGGCUCGUAACACCAGCGGUAGCCUGAGGGUGGAGCCAGAGAGUAGCAUCCUGUACAGCACUGCCGUUGUCUUCAGCAGGUUGUUGGAGUACGAUGACGUUAACGACACGGCUGAUCCGACCUCUGACCCUUUCCCUCCAUACGAGCUGCAGAACUUCACCUGGUCUCGUCUCAACCUGUCGGGUCCAGUUGCUCUGCUCUGUGGAGCCGCCUCAAACUUCACGAAUGGAUCGCUCUGCCUGCAGUUGUCAGUGUUUCAGUCGGAGGGACGUGGUGAGUUGUGGCCCCGCCUCAUACACACAGCUAACUCCUCCCAGAUGGGGGUGUGGCUUGAUGGUAUGUUGCCACGGGCAAAUCGUUCCAGGUUCCUACUGGAGCUACAGGCAGUUAGUGGGGCAUAUCCUCUGAGCAGAGUGGAGGUUCAUCGAUCGAUCGAUGACGAGUACACACCAUCAAUAUUCAAGGUGUCACAGUGGGUUUCGUCGGUGAACGGCAGCUCUGACGUUCUGGGUUUCGUGCAGUGGAAGCCGGUGGCGUACCGUCAGUCUAAUCCAGCUCUGGAGGACGCCACGCCAUGCCGUCACUCCGACCCUAGGCCUCAGAGCAGUGAGAAGACAGCGGCAUCAUCUGGUCUGAUCCGAGCGUUUUACUCAGAACCUGAUACGUUUGCACUCAACGUGAGCUUCGGCCUCGCAGGAGAACCGUUCUACAACAGCACUCAGUUCCUCAGCUGGACUGUGCUGGUGGGUGUCGGCUCUCCACCUGUUGACUCCUUCUCUCCACUGGUUGUCGCCAUCAUGGCGGUUGGUCUGGGAACUCCUGUGGUCUUCCUGCUGCUGGGUGGACUCUGGGUCUGCAUACGUAAGAGAGCGGCAGACUCGACGACAGCCUAUGAGCCAAUCAACUAACAGCUGGGUCCCAGCCAAUGAGAUGACAGAGAUGGUUUUAAUUUUGUUUUUAAAGACUUGCUAAAGGACAGAUGACAUCACUGUCCUGAAGACCUCCCCCUUGCGGUUCAGUCAGCCAAUCAGGACCGAGGGUAUUUAUUAAGAUUUUUAUUUUCUACAACCUGUUUUUGUUUUUAAUAGUGAAGAAAAGUUUCUACAUGUUGGAGCUGAUUUUUAUUGUUUUAGAUUUUUAAUCAUUGAAUCAGCAGUUUUGAUUUUAAACCUCUGAAUACAUUUCUGUCAGCUGACUGUUUUUAUUUUUAAUUGGGGAAGGAAAACGAGGAAAGAAAUAUAAAGAGGGAUAUAACACACCAUCACAUACAGACACACAACACAACAGUGGGACAAAACCACUGACAGGGUUCUCUUUGUCAGAUUCAUGUUUUGACUUAAAGAGGAGAAACAGACAGGGUGGGGUGGAGUGCGUCUGUACCUUCAUUUUGUUUUUACACUGAUGUGUUGGAACAAAUGAUGAUCUUGUAACUUGUUUUUUUAGUUUGUAACUUUUCUUUUAAAAUGUUUAAAUGGUUCAAAUCCAGGUUUUUAUGGAUUCUGCCAAAUUCUGUAUAAAUUAAAAAAAAGUUUUUUACUUGAAUAAAAAUGUCUGUCAUCU